CAUUAUUUCAUUUAUCUCAGGGUUAACAGGUCCAUUAGCUGGCCCCCCUGACAGUUAUUUUUCAGUUUUUGAAAUCCAGCCCCAGGUGUGCAUUAGAGCAUGGAUUAGAGAGAAACCUGCACCUGUGGUUGCGAGUCUCCAGAUGACGACAUAACAUUACAACUCGUUUUAGGAGGACUGUAUAAAGGAGACCAAGAACAACACAUUUCAUCUUGAACAAAGACAGCAGUUUUAGCAUGGAGGGGAAAGGAAGGGUGCUGGUCCAGUUGUUAAUGCUAGCGUGUGUGUUGGAGGUUAGUCUUUGCCAGCACUGGUCAUACGGUUGGCUUCCUGGUGGAAAGAGAAGUGUUGGUGAAGUGGAGGCAACAUUUAGGAUGACAGAUUCUGGUGAUGCAGUACUAUCUAUUCCCGUGGACAGUCCAAUGGAGCGGCUUUCACCGAUACACGUAGUGAGUGAGGUGGACGCUGAAAGUUUGCCUCUGAAAGAACAGAGAUUUCCCAACAGACGGGGAAGAGAUUAAAAGCAUAAAAGAUUAUGAUAAACCCUUGGAGCCUAUGAGAAUACAAUUCAGUUUUAUUCCCUGGGAACAACAUGUUUUAUUGAGUCCUGCUGAAAUAUCCUAUUGAUUUGGUUUUAAGAAAUAAACUGUAUUGGAGGUAUAUAUAAUGUAAAUAAGUAGUAUGCCUAGUUUGUUCAAAAUAUUGAAUACU